UAACAAAUCACCAACCUCUUUCUUUUCCAUCUUACCAAUCUUUUAUUUUUUCUGGAGGCUUGGAGAUUACAACUAUAUGUGCAUAGAAUUUUCCUUGUUUUUUUCAGAUUUUUACUUGAGCAUUGCUAGUUUCCAUCGUUUCCUGAAGCUUUAAUUUGAAUUGAAGAAGGAAAACAUAACUAGCAAUCCUAGACGCUUUUGUGGGGAAAACCUAGGUUUAGAUAUAAUUUUUGAUUAGUACUGAGUUAUGAUAUAAGAAAUGAUUGAGAUGAGUGGAACGAGGAUUUCCGUUCCAUGUUUGUUGUUUCUGAUUCUUACUUUGUGGUCCUCGUGGCCUGCUUGGUGUGAUGAUGGGGAUGAACCUGAUUCUGAGAUUAGUGACGCCAAUAAAGGCAAUCAUGCUGCUGCUGCACCAAUUGUUUCAUCUCUCAUCUAUUCCCAAUUUUCAAACAUCACAAAGGUUUAUAACAAAGAAAUAAACCAGGCGCUGGGAUAUUGCAUUAACGAUGUAGAUGCUGAUGUGAAUGAAGCCUUCAAUUUUUCCACAAAUUUGGAUUUUCUGAGUAACUGUUAUAAAGAGAGAAGAGAUUUGAGACAACGACUAUGUACCGCUGCAGAGAUAAAGUUUUACUUCACUGCAUUUUUGGAUACAAAAUCAGCCGAUGUUCAAUACUUGAAACCCAACCCAAACUGUAAUUUGACCUCAUGGGUUCCUGGAUGUGAACCUGGAUGGGCUUGCAGUAUUCCUCAAGGUGAAAAGGUGGAUCUUAGAAACUCAAAGGUUAUCCCUGAUCGAACUCUUGAUAGUCAGCCUUGUUGUGAGGGUUUUUUUUGCCCUAAAGGUCUCACUUGCAUGAUACCUUGCCCCAGAGGUUCUUACUGCCCUCUUGCCACACUCAACAAAGCAACUGGUGUAUGUGAUCCGUAUCAUUACCAAAUACCCCCUGGCGAGUUAAACCAUAGCUGUGGCGGAGCUGAUAUAUGGGCUGGUGACGCCAGUAGUGAGGGGGUAUUCUGUUCAGCAGGAACUUAUUGUCCCUCUACUAUCCAAAAGAUUCCUUGCUCUAAAGGGCAUUACUGCAUGAAAGGUUCUAUAAAGCCAAAAGCAUGCUUCAAGUUGAGUACAUGCAAUCCAAAAUCAGAGAUACAAAACUUGCAUGCUUUUGGGUUCAUGUUAAUUGGCGCUUUGACUUUUAUACUCAUAAUCUUCUAUAAUUUCUCUGAUCAAAUCAUAACAACUCGGUAUGCAAGAAUGGCUAAGUCCAGGGAAGCUGCAGCAAAACAUGCCAGAGAAACUGCCCAGGCAAGGGAAAGGUGGAAGUCUGCAAAAGAAGUUGCCAAAGCUGGGGGUUUUACUGGAUUACGACAGCUCUCACGUGCAGUCUCAAAGAAAAAUAAUGUAAAGCAAUCAGACCAGCCGGAUUCAUCACUACCACCUAAAGACCCUUCAUCAGAAAAGAAAAAGGAUCCAAACAAGCUUACCGAAAUGAUGGAGUCAAUUGAUAAAGAUCCAGAAAAUCAAGAAGGCUUAAGUAUGGAGAUUGGUGAUAAGAAUAUUAAAAAGCAAGCGGUUAAGGCUAAACAAUUGCAUAGUCGUACCCAAAUAUUUAAGUAUGCAUAUGGUCAAAUUGAGAAAGAGAAAGCUUUGGAGCAGGUACAGCAAAACAUGACCUUCUCAGGAUUAAUUUCAAUGGCCACACAUGAAGAUAUCAAGACUAGGCCCACACUUGAGAUUGCCUUCAAAGAUCUAACAAUAACUCUCAAAAAGAAGAACAUACAUUUGAUGAGAAGUGUUACAGGAAAAAUGAUGCCAGGUCGAGUCGCUGCUGUCAUGGGCCCAUCAGGAGCAGGGAAGACAACAUUUCUUACUGCUGUGCUAGGAAAGAUAACCGGAUGCACAAUAACAGGCUCAAUUCUCAUAAAUGGAAAGGAUGUAUCCAUUCAGUGUUACAGGAAAAUUAUCGGUUUUGUAGCCCAAGAUGAUAUUGUCCAUGGGAACUUGACUGUGGAAGAGAACCUUCGCUUCAAUGCACGAUGCAGGCUAGCUGCAGACCUGCCAAAGGCUGAUAAGGUCCUUAUCAUUGAAAGGGUCAUUGAAUCACUAGGCCUGCAGGGGGUGAGGGAUUCGUUGGUUGGGACUGUUGAGAUGCGUGGAAUCUCAGGUGGCCAGAAGAAACGAGUAAAUGUUGGGAUGGAAAUGGUCAUGGAACCUUCACUGCUAAUCUUGGAUGAGCCUACAUCUGGUUUAGACAGUGCAUCUUCCAAUUUACUUCUUAAAGCUCUUAGACGUGAAGCUCUUGAAGGGGUAAACAUCUGCAUGGUUCUUCAUCAACCAAGCUACACCCUGUACAAGAUGUUUGAUGACUUAGUACUUCUGGCCAAAGGUGGCCUUACUGUGUACCAUGGAUCUGUGAAGAAAGUAGAAGACUAUUUUAAAGGCCUUGGAAUCGUUGUCCCAGAGCGUGUAAAUCCUCCGGAUCACUUCAUUGACAUCCUUGAGGGAAUUGAGAAACCACCUGAUGGCCUGAGCAUUGAGCAGCUUCCUGUUCAUUGGAUGCUUUAUAAUGGGUACCCUGUGCCCCCAGACAUGAUGCAUUUAUGUGACAAGGAAGCAUCAUCAAAGGGUGCUACACCUGUUGUAGCAGAAGUGGUGCAUGAGAAGCAAGAUUCUAAUCCCAAUUUCUUUGCAUCCCAUGAGGACCUAUCUAAUCGAGUCACUGCUGGUGUGGCCCGACAGUUUAGGUACUAUAUUGGAAGGGUAUUAAAGCAGCGAUUGCGAGAAGCUAAAGUACAAGCAGCAGAUUAUAUGAUCCUUUUGGUAGCUGGAGCAUGCUUAGGAACUCUUUCAAAGACAAAGGGCGACACGUUUGGAUAUUAUGGCUACAUGUAUAGCGUGAUUGCAGUCUCACUUCUAUGUAAGAUUGCAGCUCUGAGAUCCUUUACCGCAGACAGGUUAGAAUACUUGAGAGAGAGAUCAAGUGGCAUGAGCAGUCUAGCAUAUUUUAUGUCAAAGGAUGUUCUGGACUGUUUCAAUACUAUCAUAAAGCCCUUGGUUUUCCUUUCAAUGUUCUAUUUCUUCAACAAUCCCAGAUCCACCUUUGCAGAGAAUUAUAUUGUUUUCCUGUGUCUCGUGUACUGUGUUUCUGGAAUGGCCUAUGUAUUUGCUGUCUGCUUUCAACCUGGUCCUGCACAACUGUGGUGCGUUCUUGUUCCUGUCGUUCUGACUCUCAUAGCGAACCAGGAACCAGACGAUAGAAUUGGGAAGUAUGUAGCAAAGUUCUGUUAUCCAAAGUGGGCUUUAGAAGCCUUUGUCACUGCAAAUGCUGAAAGAUUCUCCGGAGUUUGGCUGAUAACUCGCUGCGGGGCGCUAAUGAAACUAGGUUUCGAUGUUCAUGACUUUAAUCAAUGUUUAGCUCUGCUCCUACUCACUGGCGUACUUAGUCGAUUGGUAGCUUACCUUUGCUUGAUUUCUAUAGGGAAGAAAUGACAAAUUUCAUAACACUAGUCUCCUUUGGUAUAUUUUACUGCAUGCAUGCAUGCAUGCAAUGCCAUUGUACAAAUGCCAUUGUACAAUAUAUGUUGGGUGAAAAUGUAUUCUCUCAUUCUACUUUUAACGAAACGAGAGAGAUAUCAUUUCAUUACACACAAGUCAUGAUAUG